CCGAGCCCAGCAGCCACCAGCAUCUCGGUCCAGCGUCCCCCCCAUCCUGGCUCGUCAUAUGAUUUCUCCUAAGGGACAGCUGCUGAGCAGGACUGUGUCUCCAAGCUGAUCCUUUGCUGAUAAGCCAGCUGCCAAGCCUCCACUGCUGAGACAAAAGAGUUUUUCUCUUCCCAGCAGGGUUUUUCUGCUGUGAAUGACUGAGAAAGGGGUGAAAGUGAGCUGCCUGGCACUCCUCGUGGGCGAGAGGCUUUGGGGGCUCCGUGUUCCCUGCUGGGCUGGCAGAUCAUGGAGCUUUUCAGGCUGAGCCUGGGCUGCAUUUGCCUCCUUCCUUGGCUUGAGGUAGCAGAGGGACGAGGCUUCCUCAUAAGGAACACCCGGCUGGAAAAGUGCAUCCGAGCCUCCCACGAGACCAACAGCGUCAGCCUGGCCGGCUGCAAGGAGCACUCCCAGCAGCAGCAGUGGGGCUGGGACCCCGACACGGGCACCCUCGUCAGCCUGCACACCGGGCGCUGCCUGGCGGCACGCGGGAUGCGCCAGCACGCCCUGGUCAAGCUGGAGCCCUGUGGAGACCGGGAACGCCAGGCAUGGACCUGCAGCAAGAAGGGACACUUGACUCUGCAGAGCUUGGGCUUCCACCUUGGCACCAAGGAGGGAGGCCACAAGGUCUUUGUCUCAAGGGAGAAGGACAAGUUCAGCAGGUGGAAGACGCUGGCAGAUGGAACCAUCUGUGCAGCGGCUCAGAGGCCCAGCAAACCAACACAACCAGCUCUAGACACACGUGUGUGGAUCUAUGAAACUAAAACCAUCGAUUCAUCAAAGAUUGAUGCUGUGGACAGAGAGCCUUCUGUGAGCUCAACUGACCCUCCUCUGGCUAACAAGUUCAACAGCACGGUGUCACCAGCAAAGACCAAACAGGCACAGCUCCCAGCAAAUGAGGAUCCAUCCCACAACCACUCCAAGAAACAUGGAAAUCGGGGGAAAAACACUGGGGCCAGGCUUGCAGGCACGAACUGGAAGACAGCCAUGCUGGUCCUCAGCCCCUUGGCAUUCAUACUGGGAUUGAUAAUACUGACACUCAAUGUUCACUACAACAAGAAGAAGAAAAUCCUCUCUGCUCUGAAGAGCUCUCCAGCCAACAGCAGCAGAGGUGAUCUCCGGGAGCCGGCGCCCUUGCAAAGGGGCCCCCAGCCACACCUUCCCCCAUCCCGCUCCCCUUCCCUCAGGCGUGGAGAGAUCCUCAUCGAGUGGAAAGACGGGACUGUCACUCCUCUUUUUGACAACAUCAACUACCAAGUGGACUAGCUCCAAAACGACAGAGCUUUUGCUCCGUCCCGUGUCGCUGUUCCCACCAGGAAGACUGCCACCACAGCUGAUCUCCCCACCCUCACUGUUUUGACAGGAAACACAGUUUGGGGUUUUUUUCUAAACACUUGAGUACAAUCUUCUUGCACAAGACAAGGUUGAAGCAACCAGGGUAGAUUGUUUGGUUUGUAUAGGCACAUGCUGCUUAGCGAUUUUAGAGCUGCUUUAACCCAUAACAAACCCCAGGUUUCCCUAAAUGAAGCUGGGACUUCUGCCAGCUGCAACUGCCCAUUGAACCAAAAUUAGAGCAUUUUAAUUAAAGUAAAUUUUCAUAUACUGAGCAUAUGAAAAAGUGAAUCUUUGAAGACAAGGCAAAAGGUAAAAAACAGAAGUCCUGAUGAGCCUUAAAUUCUUUCUAAGAUAAAACUAGCUGCCACUAGACACAGAAGGCCAUCAGUUACAUUGUCAGUGUGAGAAUGUAAUUAACAAGCACUGCCUUCUAUAAAAUCCCUUCUGGGUAUAUGCCAAAAUAUUCAUCCCCACUAAGUUGUCAAUUAAGUAUCAGCAAGUCAUUUUUCUAACUUAAAAUGUAGCACUCCACUCUCCUCUCUGCAUCACUGCAGGAGCCCUGCUGAGAGAGUAUGUGUCUCUCUAAACUUUUCCGUAUUUAGGAUGUACUAAACCUUAUUAUAGCACACAUCCUCUUUCAUUAUAUAGACUGGCAAGAAAUGUUGGUCAUGCUUGUUGGGGAUAUUGCAUAUAGAGCCACUUUAUUCCAGCUUCAGUCUCUGAUUUCCUAUAAUCAUACAGAAUAGUAAAUUAAUAGAUACAUUGCUCCACCAGAGCAGUAAUACAGUUGUUUUUCUUUUAGAUAGGAGUAAGACAUUGUUUUCAGCCUUUACACUUCUUGUUUGAGCAAAAUUACCCGCAACUAUCACACUCAAUCCUGACCUUUUCUCAGUGAAAUCUGCAAUGUCUUAGUGCUUUCCUAAUAUUAAUGAAUGUAUGCUUUCUUUCUCUGAUUCUGAGGUGAUGUAAUCAUGGCUGUAAGUCAAGAGUUAUGUGGAGAAAGAAACAAUAACACCAGGAAAUG